AUGGAUACAAUGACAUAUUCAAAGCGUGUACAAAAUAAAUCUUUGUCGUUUCUUGUUCCAUCAACCGGCUCAAAAUUUUCAACAAUAUUAGAAUAUUUCGAUAAUGGUAAUACAACUAGUGGAUUAUUUGAACGUUUUUUGUAUUAUGUAAUCACACCAACAUCAGUUAGCAAUCCAAUACGUUAUGGACAUGAACAACAAUUAAAUACAAAAUUACCUGCGUUAGAAUGCGUAUUUAUAACAAGAUAUUUGAUGGGAAAUCGUGUUUAUAUGUUUGAUGAUAAAGAAUACGAAUUUAUCAA